GCACUGGGGCGGCGGUGGCCAUCACGUGCCUGGCACGGCACGGGCGAACGGCCAUUUUACGAGGAGAGACAGCGGCGGCUGCCCGUUAGCGCUCCUUCCCCCUCUGCUUUUGUUAUCCCUCCCCUCACUGUGUCUCCGCCCUCCCCUCCCCCUGCACUGGCAUUGCAGCGCCGCAGACGUGACCCGGGCGGACCCAUCCGCGGCCUUUUCCCCGCUGCUCCAGCCUCUCGCCGCAGAAUCGCAUGUCAUCUAUCCAGAACCUCCAGUCCUUCGACCCCUUUGCUGAUGCAACUAAGGGUGACGACUUACUCCCAGCGGGGACUGAGGAUUACAUUCAUAUAAGGAUCCAGCAACGAAACGGAAGAAAGACACUAACAACUGUUCAGGGAAUUGCAGAUGAUUAUGACAAAAAGAAACUUGUGAAAGCCUUCAAAAAGAAAUUUGCUUGUAAUGGUACUGUGAUUGAACAUCCUGAAUACGGUGAAGUUAUCCAGCUUCAAGGUGACCAGAGGAAGAACAUCUGCCAAUUCCUCUUGGAGAUUGGCAUUGUCAAGGAAGAACAACUGAAAGUUCAUGGUUUCUAAAAUACUUACACUCUCAUGAAGAAUCCUGCAGUAUUUGUACUUAGCUAAGCUGGCUCUUUUGUGGAAGAUGAAUCUUUGCAGUGAAUGGACUUCCCUAUUACCUGAACAUUUAAAAUUUGAUUCAGAUUUGCAUGAUUGCAUGAAACAUGUGGUAUGUAGACUAGAAACACAUAAGAAAACUGCAGUAAGGUGGUAAUGAAGACACUGUGAACUUUAACGCAUUUCCAAUGGAAAUGUUUUAGUGCUGAUUGUUCAGUUUACUGCUCUUCGCCUGACUUAACUGUGUGGGUUGUAUUAAAACUGUGUGUUGCUGCUUAAAAAUAAAAGUUUAUUCCUAUA